CCGGCGCAUGUCGAUACCUGUGCCAGUCCCAGCCCGUCAGCAACAACCGAUUCGCGAAACCGGAUCGCACCGCAUGAGCGCCCUACUUGAACCUCUGUUUUGACCCCCUGCCUUUCCCAGUCAACCGAAUUCACCUCCCGUCACAGCGUGCUUCGGUUCACAGAAGGGUUGAGCUGGGCGCCUCUAGCCGCCCCACAGAAGAGAAGCUGUUGUCUUCAAGGAUGAAGCGUUUCGGCGCCAGAGUCCUCUCGAGGGGCAAGGACUCGAGCAAAUCCUCCAAGAAGAAUAAGGAUUCGAAGGACGGAACAGCGUCGCCGAAUGCUCCCUCGAAGGAUUCGACCCAGUCACCCGUCUUGACCCCGUCGUCCUCUACCUCGACCCUGAACGACAUUCGCAAUAAGCCGCUGCCUCCAAACAGCGCAGCCCAUGGUGAUCACUCCAUGCUGGCUGCCCAAAGCCAGCACGGAAACGCGGGUGUGAAUCCCGGUGUACCAGACAGAUACAGCGCUGGCAUAGCUGGACAACCCCAGGGUGCCAACGGUGGGAGUACGCCCGCGAGGCACGGCCCUCUCCCUCCGACUGUCAUAAUCAGCCCGAGUGCUCCGCAUGUACCGCCGCCGGGCGCCGCCGAAACCAUGCCCCACGAUCUGGCCCCGCCAAAGGCCGGGCAGAAGUCCCUGAUGUACGACCGGUUGCAUCAAACUCCCAAGGAUGUCCUUGAGGGCCCCAAGACGCCGCGACGGCAGCAUUCGUCCCGGUUCGACAUCUCUGCCCAUCGCGAGCUGGAAAAGCUCCCCGGGUUCCACGAGGUUCCCCCUGGACGCCGGGAGGAUCUCUUCAUGAAGAAGAUCGAACAGUGCAACGUCAUAUUCGACUUCAACGACGCCAGUGCCGAUAUGAAGUCUAAGGAAAUCAAGCGACUGGCCCUGCACGAGCUCCUGGACUACGUCGCCAACAACCGGCAGGUCAUCACCGAACCCAUGUACCCGGUUGUCGUGGGAAUGUUUGCGAAGAACCUGUUCCGCCCAAUCCCGCCCCCCGUGAACCCCCAAGGCGAGGCUUUCGACCCGGAAGAAGACGAGCCCGUCUUGGAAGUCGCCUGGCCGCACAUCCAGGUUGUCUAUGAGUUCUUCCUUCGGUUCAUCGAGAGCCAGGACUUCAACACCAACAUCGCGAAAGCCUACAUCGAUCACAGUUUUGUGCUCCAGCUCCUCGAGCUGUUCGAUUCCGAGGAUCCACGGGAACGGGAUUUCCUCAAGACUACUCUGCAUCGCAUAUAUGGGAAGUUCCUCAAUCUCAGAUCCUUCAUCCGCCGCUCGAUCAACAACGUCUUCUUCCAGUUCACCUACGAGACCGAGCGCUUCAACGGCAUUGCCGAGCUGUUGGAGAUUCUGGGUUCCAUCAUCAACGGGUUUGCUCUCCCGCUCAAGGAGGAGCACAAGCUCUUCCUGACAAGAGUGCUACUCCCUCUGCACAAGGUGAAGAGCCUGAGCAUGUACCAUCCUCAACUGGCCUAUUGCAUUGUGCAAUUCCUCGAGAAGGAUGCCUCGCUGACGGAGGAGGUCGUGCUGGGUCUCCUGCGGUAUUGGCCCAAGGUCAAUAGCACCAAGGAGGUUAUGUUCCUCAAUGAGGUCGAAGACAUCUUCGAGGUUAUGGACCCGGCUGAAUUUGCUAAGGUCCAAGAACCUCUGUUCCACCAGCUCGCCAAGUCAGUUGCGAGCCCACACUUCCAGGUCGCCGAACGAGCCCUCUACUUCUGGAACAACGAGUAUUUCUGCAACCUGGUUAGCGACAAUGUCGAAAUCAUCCUUCCCAUCAUGUUUGCACCGCUCUACGAGAACUCCAAGGGCCACUGGAACAGGACAAUCCACGGCAUGGUGUACAACGCAAUGAAGCUGUUCAUGGAGAUCAACCCCCAGCUUUUCGACGACUGCUCACACGAGUACACGGAGCAGCAGAACAGCGCGCCCGCGCGGGAAGCCCUCCGCCAGAGGAAAUGGGCUGCCAUUCAGGAGCAAGCCAACCGGAGGAAGGCUGCCAAUGGGAAUGCCGCCGAUGCUGGGGCACCCCCACCACGCAUGGCUGCGCCCUCACUCCCGCGCGUUGACGAGGUGGUGGAUGGCACCGAGGACAGCCAAAAGAGGUUGGACUCGCUUAAGCUUCAAGACGGCGAGAGGAGAGAUCGCCGCCCCGGCAUGCACGACAGACAGAACUCGGUGGGAUCGGCUCGGAGUCAGCGGUGAUCCCUUCCCGGCGCCCAGCCUGGUGGGUUGUCUUGCUUCAGUCCUUAUCGUCAUGCUGCGCGGCCCACUUCAGAGCCGUCGCAGCCUGCAGUCUUAUUCGCCGGGAUCGCGACAGACUGACCCUCGCUGCACUGCCAUUGUUGGUUUACUCGCCCAUGUCAAACCUGUUGGGGUUCCCCGGAAUUGGGCGUUGGAAGAGGCAAGCGGCGGGUUCCUUAACCGCGCUUUGGUCGAGCUCAUCGGCGCCCGUAACCGGCCCGUUAAUCAGGUGCCUGGGCAUGGUUAUCUGCCUUCUUGUGUGUGCUUGGUGUUGGAGAUAGUACAGGGCAGGGACUGGGUGGACUGUGUGGAAUUCAAGCGGUCGACGGUCGAAGCGGAGGAAAG